CCCAAGCGUUUGCAGCUACACGCAACAAUUGCUACCGCAACACAGCUGAGCACCCAUCCUCACAACUUCACACACACCACCAUGUCGAGAACAGCAGCCCUCUCCUCCUUCGUGGAAAGCGCGCCUCCCGGCGAGCUUGCCGAAGUCACCAAAGCAAUCAAAUCGAUCCUCGGCGAAGCCUCGGUUCAGAGCGAGCUUACGCCGUCCUUCCAAAAGUACAACGAAGAGCAAUUUACGACGACGAAGCUCCCCGGCGGCGUCACAGAGGUCAUCAUCAGCCCAUACAACUCGCUGGGCGCGGGACGAUACUACGACGUCGAAACGCAGAGCAGCUUCGACUUUGACCAUGCAACCGGGAAGUCGAAUGCGGUGCAGAGCCAUGUACUGGAGAGUUCGCACAAGGAGAUCAUAAAGAGCCUCGUGAAGAGCCUGGGCACCCAUACAGCAGAACACUACCCUAAAUCUAGCUACGCCGUCUUCCCCGCGUCCUCGGACUCGCAGCUCGCCCUCCUCACCGUCGCAAACAAAUACUCGCCCUCCAACUACUGGAACGGCCGCUGGCGCUCGUCGUACAUGUACAAUCCUUCAACUGGCUCGCUUACCGGUAGCAUAGAAGUCGAUGUACACUACUACGAAGACGGGAAUGUGCGACUACUUACCAAGAAGGACGUUUCUGUUACCGUCAAUGGGCCUGUAGACGUGGUGAGGAGCAUUGCGCAGGCGGAGAAGAAAUAUCAAGAGGAUUUGAACAAGGCCUUUGCGAGUCUGAGCGAGGGCGCAUUCAAAAGUCUGAGGAGACAGUUGCCGAUUACAAGGCAGAAGAUUGAGUGGGAGAAGAUUAGCGGGUACAGGCUUGGGCAAGAUAUUGGCGGGGGUCGGCGACAGUAGCGUUGAGGAAGGCAUCGUGGUGGGGAAGCUGCCCGAAGGGAGAUAUUGGAGACUUGUUACUAGAUAUCAGAGCCGAGGAUCGAUAUGGCGUAUCAAUAAUAUUCUACGUUAUGCGCAAUCUCUGUGCU